UUUUGUAAUAUUUUACAGGUUUUUGUUAUAUUUUGUAUUCUCUUAUUAUUUUAAUCAUUUCAAAUGAAAAAUGAAGUGCAAGACUCUUGGAUGGAAAUGACUUUUGAGUUAGCGGAGGUCGCUUUAAAAUGUGGAGAAGUUCCGGUCGGCUGCAUUCUCGUAUUCAAUAAUGAAAAAGUAAUCGGCGUUGGGCGAAAUGAAGUGAAUGAAACGAAAAAUGCAACACGGCAUGCUGAGGCAGUAGCAAUAGAUGAUGCUUUUAAAAACAUUCAUAACGAUAUGACAUCCGAAGAAUACAAACCACCAAAAGAAAUAUUUAAGAACUGUGUACUUUACGUUACUGUUGAGCCUUGUAUCAUGUGCACUGGCAUGCUUCGAUGCAUGGGUGUUCCAAAGGUUAUUUACGGUUGCAAGAACGAAAGAUUUGGUGGUUGUGGAUCUGUGUUGAAUAUAGAUCUAGAUGAAGAUAUAACAUCUUCACUUGGACCGGUGUUAGAAUGCAUUGGAGGAAUACAAUCUGAAAGAUCUAUCAAAUUACUAAAAGAUUUUUAUAAGCAAGAAAAUCCAAAUGCACCAAAUCCCAAUGUUCGAAAAUGAACGGCUAACAGUUAUGGCUGUGACUAGGGCUGGGCAAUUUUGAAUUCCUGAUAAUAUCAGAAUCGAAUGGAAUAUUUUUUUCGAAUCGAAUCUCGGAUACUUGGGAUUCAAUGGGAUAUGUUUUUCAUUGUAAUUGGUCCUGUCAACACAUGAAUAACUGAAAACAUAGAAUACAUCACUGAGACAGAUUGCGGAGCGUUCAUACACAAUGAAAAACACUUACCGGCAUGUAACAAUACCUCACUACAGAAAAUAGUCAUUUGUCAGAAUUGCAUUGAAAAAAUAUGCCUUUUUCACCUCGACCAUUGGCGGAUGGAAAAAAACAAGAUGUCGGCGAUUCUGUACCGCUUCGAAUAAUUUAUCGAAUGUUCGAUUCGAAGUGCUCAGCCCUAACUGUGACCAACUCAGAUCAGAUUAGGUUGCUGAGAUUUAUUCAAAUAUAGUAUAUAUUUUCUGCUUAUGAGCUAGAUCCCAUGCCUGGUAAAGCAAGAUUGUCACUUUCAUUAUUUUGCUUACAUGAGUUUCUUGAUCCUUUGUUUCAG